AUGACAGACACUUAACAUCUUCAAUCUAAAUUUAGCAGAAAUAAUUCACGCUAAAUGGAGAAAACAUCUCAGCUGAUUAAGUAGGAUAAGAGAAAAUAAAAGUAAUUAGUUUUGAAGCUUAUUGAUUAUAAACAAUCUAUAUAAAAAAAUGAGUUUAACAAUAGAAUAUCGACUUCUAAUUUUAAGAGGAAGGAAAGCUUUUCUUUUGGCUUUUGGAUUUCGUUUUUAAUUUCAUACGUUAAGGUAAGAGUGAUUAUUUCAUUAAAUAAAUAUAUAUUGGAUAUGAAAAAUCUCAUAAUAAGAUAUGCAGCUAGUAUUGCUAAACCUGGAUAAUAAUUCCUUGUUUUAUUCGGUGCCCCAGGAGUUGGUAAAGGAACAUUUGCAAAGUUAUUGAUUAACGAUACUAAGUUUAAUCACAUUUCGACAGGGGAUGAAAUUCGUAAGAUUUUGAAAGGGAAUACAUCCAAAUCAUUUGAUCCAAAAUUAAUUGCCACAAUAAAGGAUAUUGUUGCAAAGGGUGGUCUUGUGUCAGAUGAGAUUGUGAUGAAUAUUUUGUAGGAAAAGUUAAAGGAGCCGGAGUCUGCAAAGGGAGUAAUUUUAGAUGGAUUCCCAAGAACUUUGAGACAAUUGGAUUUGUAUGAAAAAAUUUUACCAACAAACGUUGUUGUAAACGUAACUCUAAGAGCUGAUAUUUUGCUUGAGAAAUUAGCUGCUCGUCGUACAUGUGUGGGUUGUGGCACAGCUUUCAACAUUUGCGAUAUCAACAGAGAUGGCUAUGUUAUGGAGCCAUUAAAUCCAAAAAAGGAAGGCAUCUGUGAUGCAUGUGGUGGUAAAUUGGUGGUUAGAGAUGAUGAUAAGAAAGAAGUCAUUGAACAAAGAAUGAAGGAGUAUGAGGAGAAGACCUAUCCUUUAUUAGAUAGAUACAGAGCCAUGGGUGUAGUUAUUGAUUUAGAAGUUAAGAGAGGAAAGAAAGAUUAUCCAAGAUUAUGGGAUUUGGUAAAGUAAAAAUUAAGAGUUUGAAAUAAUUAUUUCUAGUACAUCAUA